CCCUGAAGACAAGUCAAAAGUCUUCAUGGGAAAAAUCAACCCUUGACCAUCUUCCCCCACCCACACCCACCUGUUCUUCACCAUCCAUCAACCUCUCCCAAAUUCAUCUGAAAUGCUCACCAAAUUCACCCUCAAAACCCUAAAAUGACCACCACCACCAUCCUCCUCUCCACCAUCAUCCUCCUACUCACCACCACCACCGUCACCGCCGUCAUCCGCCCCGGCCAAUCCCUCUCCGCCUCAAACCCUACCUCCACCUGGACCUCCCCUAACAACACCUUCUCCUUCGGCUUCAUCUCCGACUCCGGCGCCACCUUCGCCGCCGUCACCUACAACGGAAUUCCACUCUGGAAAGCCGGCGGCGACUCCGGCGCCGUUGACUCUACUGCCACAAUCACCCUCACUAACUCCGGCAACCUCCAGUUAACCAACGGCUCCUCCGGCGCCGUCGUCUGGCAGUCCAACACCGCCGACCGCGGCGUCACAAUUGCCGAUCUCAACGAUUCCGGCAACCUCAUCCUCCAAAACUCAACAAAUUCCGUUGUCUGGAGCUCGUUCGAAAACCCUACCGAUACGAUUCUCCCGAACCAAAACUUUACCGUCGGAAACGUCCUCCGAUCCGGUCUAUACUCUUUCCGGCUAGUUACCUCAGGCAACAUCACUCUCCGAUGGAACGAUUCCAUCGUUUAUUGGACGUUAGGGUUGAAUUCGUCAGUUAACACUAAUCUGACGUCACCAACCCUAGGGCUCCAAUCUAUAGGUAUAUUAUCUCUUUCAGAUCCAACACUUUCCACAUCUGUUAUUAUGGCUUACAGUAGUGAUUAUGCUGAAGGUACUGAUAUUUUUAGGUUUACUAAACUUGAUAAUGAUGGUAACUUAAGAAUUUACAGUUCAUCUGCUGGUAAUACUGGUAAUCAAAACGUUAGAUGGGCUGCUGUUAGUGAUCAGUGUCAAGUGUUUGGGUAUUGUGGUAAUUUAGGGAUUUGUAGUUACAACGGUUCGGAUCCAGUAUGCGGUUGUCCGUCUAGGAAUUUCGAUCCGGUUGAUGUUAGGGAUAGUAGGAAAGGGUGUAGGAGGAAGGUUGAGAUCGAGAAUUGCCCCGGGAGUUCGACUAUGUUGGAGUUGGAUAAUGCUCGGUUUUUAACGUACCCGCCUGAGUUGUCGUCGCAGGUGUUUUUUAUCGGGAUUUCGGCUUGUAGGUUGAAUUGUCUUGUUAGUGGUUCGUGUAUCGCGUCUACGUCGUUGUCGGAUGGGACGGGUUUGUGUUAUUUGAAAGUGCCGAGUUUUGUUAGCGGUUAUCAGUCGCCUGCGCUUCCUAGUACGUCGUAUUUAAAAGUGUGUGGGCCGGUGACACCGAAUACUGGUGUUUUGGAGAAGGGUACGCGGUGGAAGCUUAGACCGUGGGUUGUCGUGGUUGUGGUGGUGGGUACGCUUUUUGGUCUGGUUGCUGCUGAACUUGGUUUAUGGUACUGGUGUUGUAGAAACAGCCCGAAACUUGGUGUGUUAUCGGCUCAAUACGCGCUUCUCGAGUAUGCCUCUGGUGCCCCGGUUCAGUUUUCAUACAAGGAUCUCCAACGGGCCACGAAAGGGUUCAAGGAGAAGCUUGGAGCCGGUGGGUUCGGUGCGGUUUACAAAGGGGUUUUAGCCAACCGUACCACGGUGGCGGUUAAACAGCUUGAAGGGAUCGAGCAAGGCGAGAAACAGUUUCGUAUGGAGGUUGCAACAAUUAGUAGCACUCAUCAUUUGAACCUUGUGCGGUUGAUCGGAUUUUGUUCUGAAGGUCGUCACAGGCUUCUAGUGUACGAGUUCAUGAAGAACAGUUCUCUUGAUACCUUUUUAUUCGCGCCGGAAGAACAGUUACAAUCGGUUAAGAUGUUAGAUUGGGAGACUAGAUUCAAUAUCGCACUCGGGACAGCUAGAGGGAUCACAUACCUUCACGAAGAAUGCCGGGAUUGUAUCGUUCAUUGCGAUAUAAAACCCGAAAACAUUCUUCUAGACGAGAAUCACAACGCCAAGGUUUCGGAUUUCGGGCUAGCUAAGUUAGUAAACCCGAAAGACCACAGGUACCGAACAUUAACAAGCGUGAGAGGGACUCGAGGGUAUUUGGCUCCGGAAUGGCUCGCGAACCUGCCGAUAACUUCUAAAUCGGAUGUAUACAGUUACGGAAUGGUUUUGUUGGAGAUCGUGUGUGGAAGACGGAACUUUGAAGUCUCGGAACAAACCAACCGGAAAAAGUUUUCCGUUUGGGCUUACGAAGAGGUGGAUAAAGGAAACAUUGAAGCGAUUAUCGACACCAAGCUUCGUAACCACGAACAGGUCGAUAUGGACCAGGUUCGACGUGUUAUCGAAGUAAGCUUUUGGUGCAUUCAAGAACAACCGUCGCAGAGACCGAUGAUGGGAAAAGUGGUUCAGAUGUUGGAAGGUGUAGCCGAGGUUGGGAAGGCGCCAGCUCCAAAGGCGGGGACCACCAUAGACGGGUCGGUGGCUGGGACGAGUGUGAACAUGAGUAGCAGUGUUUCUACUUUGGGAACAUCGGUUGUGCCACCAUCGUCUUCCUCGUCUGUUCAGACUACCAAAGGGUCAUCGUUUGCUUCGGGGAUGAACAUUGAGAAGGUGUCAUCAUCAUUACUGACGCACUCGGAUACCAUGUGAGCUCGGUUUGUUUGACAUCAAAAUUGUGUAACCAAAUGCAUAUUUAUGAAGUUUAGAUACAAAUUUGUGUAUGUAUUGUCAUGGGAAGUGAUAUAUAAAGGAUGUGUAAGUAGUAAUGUUAUUGUUGUAUUUGGAAUAGCAUGCUUAACCGUAAAACAUUUGAUGGGUUGAGUUGUAUUAAUAACAGCAACUUGUUGUAGAUGUGAAAUACUGAAAUGGCAAGCAUGAUCUUGGUUUUGUA